CCUGUAGAACAUUCACACCGUCCGCCUACUAACGUGCACUAACACAACCCAUUUAUACAGUCCAGCUUCUAACAGAACCCACUUACAUCAAUCACAAAAAGAACACACCCAUACCAUCUAUCCACUAACAGGAAUAACAUGCUAUAUCCAUCAACAAAAUAUACCCGUGCCUUGUUGUUCUUGCUAUUCACAACUGCCGUUACAGGAAUCUACUUCUAAUGUAGUCACACCGGUGAAUAUGCUACCUCUCACUGUUCUAAUGUCGUCGUGUAUGUCGUGAAUUUACAACAUUGUGUUUUCCUUGACCAUCGCUGUUUCAACGCUACGGAUCUGUACGAAGAGAGUGCGACAGAGAUCAGAGACGGGAAGAGCAAAUAAACAGAGCCUCGCUGAGUAACAACCAACACACUUCCGCCGCUACAGAGCCAUACACUAUAUGGUUGCACGGGCGCGACUUAAUUGAAGUCCUCCGUUCUCCGCCCUCCUCUGUCACCUCCCGUUUGAUGUAGCCCUGAGAGGUAACACUGAUUACAGGCCGAUGAACGCGAUGCGCCUGAAUGUGGACGACGGGCUGCCGCACCCCGCAUCUCGCAGGGGCAGUAAGGCAAGCGACGAGGCCGGGCCGAGCAUGAGCGAGGAAAUGACGGAGGACAUCUUCUCUGAGGACAUCAGCAGCAGUAAACAUGUCCAUAUAGAGGACAUCAUCGGCGUCAUCCCGCUGGAAGUCUUCCCCUCCACCAGUGGCUACGACAACCCUGCAUAUGACAUGAUGGGUGACGACGACCAGAGCAAAUCAUCACCACCUUCACAUCAACUACCAACAGCCUCCCCACUAGUAAUACCUCCACUGCAACCUGUGAACUCCAGCUCCCUUUGUUUGGAAUUUGUGAUCAUGGCAGCGGCUCUCAGUCAGAUAAGCAUAGGAGCAACAGUCACCUGGCCUCACGUCCUUCGCUCCCAUUUGGCCAGUAACAGCACCAAUUUUUACAACACCGAAAUGCACCUCUCUAGCAACCAACUGAACCUCGCAAACUAUCUCCUCCUGGCGGGGGUUGUGGCUGGCCUGGCGCCGUCCGGGUGGAUGGUGGCCGGACUGGGUCGCAGCAUCUCCCUGAUCGUCGCUGCCCUCGCCGGCAUUUCCUCCUGGGCUCUGAACGCCCUUGCACCCAGCGCUACUGUACUCCUCGUCGAGAGAUUUUUAGCGGGCUUCACAGCAACGAUGCUCAAGGUUUCCGUCACCACCUACGUGAUGGAAGUGUCCGUCGUCUCUGACCGAGGCCUGGUGCUGGCGUACCUCCAGGUGAUGGAGGUCCUGGGGUCGCUGCUGUGUCUUACUCUGAAUCACUGGUUGCAUUGGACUUAUAUUGGCUUCGCCUACCUCGGGCUGCUCGUCCUUGUGUGUAGCGCUUUCCUUUUCUUCCCGGAAAGUCCGGUGUACCUGUUGAUGCAAAGGAAAGAAGAGAAAGCUCGUGGUGUGCUGCACAGGCUUCGAGCUAAGGACACUGACGUGGAGGUGGAGCUGCAAUGGAUUAAACGCUACGACACCAAAGAAAAAAGACAAUCAGAAUUUCUUUCUCUGUUUAAAAGGCCUCUCAUCGACUACACUGUAACCCUCGUCGGCCUCGCUGUGCUAGCCGUGUCUUCUGGGUCGGCGAUCAUCACCAGCAGUAUGAAACGCAUGUUGCUGGCACCCAGGCCGAUCAUGUCGGGCAAAACGGCGAUGAUGACGAUGGUUGGGGCCCUUGGUGCUGGCAAAUUGGUUCUGGCCCACCUUACGGACCGAAUGGGGCGCCGACUCUGCCUGCUGCUGUCCCUGAUGCUUCUGGUGCUGGCCUACAGUGUGGUGGGCGCCAUGGAUUACGCGUCGGCUUCCUACCUAAACGUAGAUCCACUGACUUCUACACGGGAGGCGACCGACGCCAUGCAAGUCAACCAAUACAGCCUGAUGGUCCCUAUGUCCUGGGCGGUGGUUCGUGCCUGCUUCCUCGUACUCUCGGUCGUCAGCCUCGGCCUUGGCCUCGACACCGUGCCAACCAUGCUCGCCGUUGAGUACUUUCCAGCGCACUUUCGUCCUCAGGGUCUCAGCGUGUUCCUCAUAGCCAGCUCGCUGCUCCAGGCUUUCUCCAUGUUCCUCCAGUCCUUGAUGGAUGAAACACUGACUAUGCCGGGCCUCUUUUGGACUCUGGCUGCUUUUGCUCUUUUGGGCAUCUUCUACACCAACUUGGGGGUGUACGAGAUCAAUUCCAGGACCCUCAAAGCUCCAGACUUGCUCCAGUGUUUUUUUAGAGAGAACUUUUAUGAGCCGCGUCCAAUCACUUAGUAUAUGACUGAAGGGGAAGGAAAGGUUUCUUUAUUGCAGGACAUUCACUAGCUAGCGUAAGGUAUGUGCUUAGUGCUGUUCACGGUCUUCAUUCGAUUCAUAGUACAAUUAGUACUCCAACUGUAACACGUGUCAAACCCAAACGUGAUUAUCAGUACCUAUAUCGGCCACAUAAGAAGCUCACUGCUAAGGUUCUACAUAGUAUAGAAGAAUGUACUGGUGGAAUAAAUAAAUAUGUUUAUGAAGUCUG